UCUGUUUCCGGUGAUUCCGUCUGGCUUCACGGCGCGUAGCCUCGAGCGGAGAAUCCCAACCGUGAAAGUGUCUUGUGGAGGCGGACAUUGUUGUGCUUAAUUCCAGCCGGAUCAUGGCUACAAAUGUCGUUACGCGGACUCAAACGGACUAUUUUGUAGGCCUUUUACUUUUUUAUACCUCCCACGCCUAAAAACGAAACGUUUGUGAGAAGAAGCUUUCGCUUUCUCGCCGAAGCGGAGAAACCGGAGAGAGUCCACAGAGCUCGGAGUCCAAUCCGGAUGGCGAGUGGCAACCACGGCGGUACAGACACAACAGCCAACAUCUGUGUUAUGCAUCGUUGCCUGAUGGAUUAAAGAGGGGGGAAAAAAAGAAUACAAAAGGCGGCGGUGGAUGGAUGGAGCGAGCCAUUUUUUGCAAGCUGCUGCCUUGAAAAUAUAGAAUCAUCAUCCUCAUCUUCGGGGAUAGGUGAAAUAAGCACAGUGGCCGUUCCUUACUCGCGAAGGCCUGUUUUGCAAGCUGCUUUGGUGCUUCUGAUGAUUUUGGACGACAGACACAAUUGAGCACAAAAUGAAGAAGCCUUGCUGGUGUGAUGUUUGCGCACAGAAGUCGCACAGGAUGAGGGUGGUCAGCUUGUGAAAUAAUUCCAUCCUCUCUGCACUUUUCUAUUUUCUCAGGGUUGAAUUUAAGAAGAAGAAAAUGAGCAACGAAGGGGAGCUCCUGACGCGGGAGCUGUCCAAAAUGUCGGACGAGGACCUGCUGGCGUGCUCCAAGGAGGAGCUGCUGAGUCGUCUGCGCAAGGAGGAGUCAGAGAAGAUCUCGGCGCUCAUUCAGCGGGGGCGUCUCAUCAAGGAGGUGAACAAGCAGCUCCAGGGCCACCUGCUGGAGAUCCGCGAGCUCAAGGUCAUCAACCAGCGUCUGCAGGAGGAGAACGUGGAGCUGCGGGACCUGUGUUGCUUCCUGGACGACGACCGACUCAAGGUGAAGAAGCUGGCUCGUGAGUGGCAGCACUUUGGCCACCACGCUGCCAAGGUCAUGCGCGAAGACCUGGGUGGCUACCUGAAGAAGCUGGCUGAGCUAGAGCGCACCCAGGAUGGCCUGGUCAAGGAGAACCUGGACCUGAAAGAGCUGUGUCUGGUCCUGGAGGAGGAGUGCGUCAGCCGGAGCGACUCCAGCCCCGGUGGGUCCACCGAGCUGGCCUUGCAGUGCAUGGUGGCUCGGGACCUGGGGGACGGCAGCUCCAGUACGGGAAGCGUGGGGAGUCCGGACCAGCUCCACUUAGUGUGCUCGCCAGAUGACUGACGCUUCAACAAGGGCUUCGAAUAUGGACGCUGAGGGCUAGAUACAAGGGCUGUGCUCGGAAUCGUUGCCUAAUUGCCAACUUUUGCAUGGCCCGCUAGAAAAAAACUUUGCUGUGAUUUGGGAGUUGAGAAUGAGUGAAGGAUUCCAAAUGCAGUGACUACAUUUAGAAUCAUUCCUGAUUCACCGAUCCCCCAAAAAAUGAAGACAUUUUUAUAUUGUGGACCUACAUAGUGUCUAAAAUAUCUGCUAAAAUGGCUGUUUUGAUAAUAGGGAGUCGGAAAUUAUGAGUGGAAGUGACUCAUCAAUUCUAACUAAGUAAUCAUUCCCGACAACCUAAUCUCAAUUGUUUUAUUUCUUUUUAAAUAGAUUAAGUUCACAAAGAAUCGAGCCAAAUUCCCAAUAGACUAAAGUCAUUCUGAAAUCAUUCAUUGAUAUCCCAAAGAAGACCAAUUUGAAGUGGACUGCAAAGCUGACGUAUACGUAAAACAAAAAAAAGAACCAAACCUUACGUAAUAUUCUAACACUGAAAUGUUCAAUUAAACCAUGUAAAUACCAAAGUUCACUAGCUAUGCUAACAAGAGGAAACACCAUUGGCGGGCUAAUUGAUUUUUUUUUGUGUAUGUGGGCAACUUAUUGAAAGUUUUUUUUUUUUUUAUAUUAGUUUUUUCAAGAAUGUUUGCGUGAUAUAGUACAUACGUUUUUUUUUUCUUCUGCCAUUAAGAACACAAAUUCUCGUACUCCUUGCAAAUGGCAACGGUCUACUUUACUCCAAAAUGGUGUUGUGACUGUUUUGCGCCGAGGGAAUGAUUCCGAGCGCAGCCAAAUGAUUCCAUUCAACUCCGUGAGCCUUUUGAAUGCUGCAAGACUCGCUGUGUGCCACAUCGCUGACCUUUUCAGGACUUUUCACAGACAUUUCUAGAAACUGUAGGUUUAGAUCUGUUUUACAGGUUUUCUAAUGACUCUUCUGCCCAAAUCCUUUUUCAGUGGUUUGAUGUUUAAAAAAAAAAAAAAAAAAAAAACAGUCCUGGGACCAAAAAAGUGGGUCGCAUUGAGGUAUCUCAUGCACUGGACCAGGAUUGCAAAGUGGUGGAAAAAUAAUUUUUUAGAUGUUAAUGUGGAGAAUGUUCCAUGGAAAUUUAUGGGAAUAUAAAAUUGUAAUUUUUGUUUACUUUUUGUCACCUUGCUCAUGAGGACGUUACACUAACUUAAUUAGUCAAUUUUUUUUUGGAGUGACGGCGUUUCCUAACAUCAUUCAUAUGUCAAAUUUUGCUUCGCAAGUAACUCACUUAGAAAAAACUUAAAUAUCAACCCAAUAACUCACACUGUAAAAAAAAAACAUAUACCUUUUUCCAGUAAUCAGAAUUAUAGAACGUGGUUUGGUUUCACCCAAAUCAGUGUCCUACACAAAAUCCAUCAAAACCAACACAGCAAUUUGGGUUCAGUUGGAUGAUGAAUAUGAACGUUUACGGGAGUGAAUGCCAACCUUCAAUUUUCUGAUUUAUUCCCAUAAAUUUCUUGUUGGAAUGUUCCCUGGUAUUUUGCAACCCUACACUGGACUAGCCUACACUGGUAGAAAGAAAAAAAAAAUCGAGCCUUUUUUUCUAUUGCACUGGACAGCGCAAUCAUUGAUCUAAAGAUCAAUUCCAAUCCGGUUUUGAGCCAUAUUUUGUCAGUGGAAUCCCUCAUAGCACUGAAUUGGCGUUGAAGGCCAUGAAAUUUGCCAUGGGCGCCCAACGACGUGUUGUAUUUUAUGCACUCUCCGCCUCAGGACCAGGAUUCGAGUGCCAUACGACGAUGGUGCGUUUGCCAAGCAGUCCUAGGUGACUGACGGCCCUUCAGGUUUUAAUGGAGCGAGCGUAGAUGCCCUCGGACUCACAUGAACUCUUUUUCAAAUCAACUGGAAAGGCUUUGUAUCAAACCGGAGGACCAACUUGUCGGAACGUGUUGGAUUCAUCACUCUACUGUGUUUUGACUUAGUUGUUGUUGAUGUUCACUUUAAGACACAGAACAGACUUUAAGUUGCAUCUUCUCUGUAUGCUUUGUAUUUACAAAAACCCUGUAACAUUAAGGAGUGUUUACACUACUCGCAAAAGGUUUGGGAUUUCGGGAGGGAAAUUUUAAGAGGAGCAUGAAAUACACUUUGACCUUGAAUUUUGGUUGUUUUGUUCAAAUCAAGCUAAAUUAGCAGUGUUAAAAUCACUUCAAAUUAAAAAAAAAAAUCUAAACAUUUUAAAUUUUUAAGCAAUUUUUUUUUUUGUCAAUGGUCAAUUAACUCAAAGUGGGGAAAAAAAUAUUUUGGUGCUUGUCAAUGUAUAUAUUCAGAUGAAAAAAAUAUUUUUGUUCAAAACAUUCAGACUAAAUAGAACUUUUUCCAAUGUAAAUAUAAAAAGCAAUGCUUGUCAGUUUUGAAAUCAAUAGUUUCAAAAUGUUUUGAAAUCAUUUUUCAAAUGAAGUCAUGGUUUGAAACAAAUGUUUUGUCAAUGAUGAAAUAAAUUCAGACUAACCAAUGAUUGUCAAUGUUAAAUUAUUUUUAAAAGAUUUAAAAAUAUUUUUUUUGUCAAUUAAAAAUUGUAGGGAAAAAAUUGUCAGUGUUAAAAUAAAUUCAAGUUAGAAAAGGAUUUUUGUGAAUGUUUUAUUACAGAAAAAAAAAACAUUUUAGUUUUCAUUAAAUCUAAAGUACAUUCUGAGUUCAAAAAGAUAGUUUUCUUUUUCCCAUGUAUUUCAAUUCAAAUGGGGUUUUCCCACUGCUAUGGCUCUCUGUGUUUCCCUUCUUCUUCUUCUGCUUCUCUAAACUUAGAGCGCAACAGGAAGACUGAAAGCAUCACAGAACAGAAUCAGAUCGUUCACCCGUAUGUCAAAUAUCCCAAACUUUUUGCGAAAACACAAUCUAUAUCUUUAAGUCCUCUUGUAUCUCUUGAUUUCUCCGAUUACAUGGCAUUGAAAACCCUUUUAUUUGAACGAUCUCAUUGGGCAAUGCACAGGAUUGAGUUGCUAUAUCGGUGGGUUGUGUGCUCACGGUGUUUUGAAGAGCUUUAAAUACAGUGCUAUCACACUU